UGGGAUGGGCGAAAUGCGUGUGUGAGUGAGUGAGCGAAAAACAAACAUUCGACUGUAAGCAGCAGCAGCAGCAGCAGCGAAAUAAAUAGAGAAAUACAAGAAAACAAACAUAUGUGUAUAAAAAAAAAACUAUGAAACUAUGUAUGUAUGUCGUGGAAGUGAGCAAAAAGAAUUAAAGUGGCAAAUCACAAAAGUAAAUUCAACAGUGAAAACGGCACCAGCACCAAUACUUAGCCUUUCUGAUAAAGUACAUUUUUAACAACAUUUAUAUGAACAUAUGUGUGCCGAAUUUAGUUGAACAGUUUAAUGCCGUAACAUAUUUAAAGAUUAAAAUAUGCAUUUCUCCAAUAUUUAACAAAAAACCCCCAGAGCCCAGAGAGAAAUUCAAUAAAUUAUAUCUGUGUAUAUAGUAGGACGAGUAUUUAUGUACACAUACAUAGUGUCCUUAUAAUAUAUGAAUAAGUAAAAUUUGGCAUAGUUUUUGCUGAGCGAAAAAUUAAAAAAAAAAAAUUAACAAGGGAAAUCGCUUCCGGUGCAAUUGGCAUCGACAAACAAUACGCUACCAAACAAAGCUACGCUACGGCAAGCAAGCAAGCAGUGCUACAAACACAACUACAAAAUGGCUGCGCAAAAUUGCAUUUCGCCAUUUUUACACACCCUCCGAAUGGCUUUCCUCACAUUGCCGUUGUUGAUAGUGCAUACACAGGCGCGAAUCGGCUACUUUUGGCACAUCACAGAUUUGCAUUUGGACACAUACUACUCGACGCAAGGAGAUGUUAUGCACAGUGUCAUAAAUGUUCCAAGUUAUGAGCCAGUACUGGAUGGUUUGUCGCACUCAGCGCUUAAGGAGUCAGACACAAAGAGACUGGAAAUCCUUCGUAAUAUCACCGAUCUACUAGGGCGUACAUUUUCAUCGCAAUUCGUGUUUCCAGUGCUAGGCCAUGAAGAUGGCACAAAUAACUUUCGACAUAUGGGCGAACUUUGGCGGCAUUGGCUGCCAUCGGAGGCAUUGCAUACGUUCGAAAAAGGUGGCUACUACUCCAUUGAACAAACAAAAAGUCGCCUUCGUAUAAUUGCUCUGAAUACAAAUUUCAUGCGUCACGAUCACAAAUCCCAGCCUAGCCAUUUGGCAGCUGUGCGACAGCGCACUCCGAAUGGUGCAGGUGGCAAUGGCGAUUCAGAGUAUAAGACGUAUUACUACCAUCAUGGUUCGAUACAUCAACAUCACGGACAUUCUUCCAGUGACUGGAUGUCGCAUGGUGGUGGCUAUGGUGGCUAUGGCGGUGGACAUCAUCGCGGCAUGAACGCGAUUCCGGCGUUAAGCGUAGGCGAUGGGGGUGGGCGAGUGAGUGCUUUAUCUGAAUACGAGACCCAGGAUGCUGAGAAGCAAUGGGUGUGGCUGGAAGAGGUGCUCAUCAAGUCGAAAGAUAAUAAAGAGACUGUCUACAUUGUGGGACAUAUACCACCCGGUUCAGAUGAGCGCCACAUCGGUUUGCAACAGAAUGGGCACACCACUUUCACCGAAAGUAACAACAAGCGUUACUUGGAAUUGGUGCGCAAGUACUCGUCAAUAAUACAGGGCCAGUUUUUUGGUCAUUUACAUUCAGAUUCUUUUCGUAUCAUCUAUGAUGACAAUGGCAAACCGGUUUCAUGGAUGAUGAUUUCGCCAUCCGUAACACCAAGGAAAUUAAACGUUGGCUCAAAUAAUCCAGCGAUGCGUCUUUACAAAUUCGACACGGACUCCGGUCAGGUGCUGGACUACACGCAGUACUUUAUGGAUUUACAAUUGGCGAAUCAAGUGGGCGAACCCAACUGGCUUCCGGAAUACAAUCUUACACAUUACUAUGCGCUCAGUGAUAUAUCGGCAAUUUCUUUACACAAUUUUGUGGAUCGUUUCACCAGCAGUGACGGCGCAUGGUUUGGCAACGCGCUGCUGCCGAAACUCAUUGCACGCAUGAGAGUGCUACAGCAACAGCAGCAGCAACAAAAGAAGCAACAGCAGCUACAGCGAGCGGCUUUGGGUGAAAAGCACGAACGACAAAUUGAAUUCGCUGCAUUGGUAAUGACGAGAACUAUGGCAACAAAAAAUGAAGCGGCAAUACCGGUGACGUUAAUAAAUGCACGAACGACGGCAUUCGCACUGCUGCUUCGAAUAUUGUUGAUGCUGCAAUAUGCGUUGGAGCAUAGUUACCAUGGCAGGGACAAAUUCCCGCUUCUGCGGGGUAAUACGAAGCAUCGUCCUGCGGAGGACCAACCGAGCGCAAAAAUUACUGAAAAUAAAAUUGAAAAUUUUUGCAUGCAACGGACAGCAAUGCAGCUAAAAACCGACAACAUGCUGUUGCAGAAGGGCAAUGAGAUGGUGUUACUGCAACAGCCAACAACACUUCGUUUCAGCAUUUGGUGCUACAAAAGCUUCAAUAUUAUCGCUGUGGCAGCGGCAGCCAGCAAUGAUAAAACCAACACCUCCACGGACAACAAUGCGUUCCAGUGGCAGAUGUGGCUUGGCGGGGCGCACGAAAUUGUUGCCGGCAAUAACAAUAGGCAUCGUCCGAUUUCAACCAUACAACAGCAAUUGCUACAAAGUGAUUGCGUAAAUUACAGGUCCCUGCGACUCGAGCUGCAAUUUUUGUGUAUAUUUUGCUUCAUAAUAAGUUACAUGUGGCUUAAAAAUAGCCAGCAUUUUAAUCCACCAGGCAGUCGACGCCAUAAUACUACCACCAAUGCAGACUUUGAUAUAAGCGCCCCCGCCAACUUAAUUGGCCCUAACUUCUGCUAUCACUCCUUGAAGCACCAACAACUGCAUUGGCGAUCAGGCUUGUGCUCCGCCACACAGUAGUACGAACACUCUUUAUCGCUUUUGUAGCUUAGCUGUUUGUAUUGUAUGCAAUUGUAUUUUUAUUUCUAUAGUAUUUAAAUUAUAUUUAAAGGCAUGUGUGAAAUUAGAUAGCUGUAUGUAAGCAGGUGAAUAGCUAACUAUUAAUAUAAAUUGCAAUGUUGCCGACGGUAAUAUUCGAUCUCCUAACCCUUUGAAAUCCAAGAGAGAAAGUUUCUCCAACUGUUAUUCUAUUCCAAAGAGCAUUGUGUAAAUAUUUGGCUGAGGAGGCUUUGAUUGUAUGUGUUUUGAAAUGCGUUUACCAUAAUUACUUACUCGUCAUAGAAACGGAAGACAAAAAAAAAUUGUUUACCUCAUAAUGGACUUACUGAGCCAAAAUGCAAAAAAAAUAUCUAUUAUUCAAAACAUAAUUAAAAAAAAAAAAAAUAUGGACAGGGUAUGUUUUUAAGACAAUUUCUUCAAUGCCUAUAAAAUACACCCGGUGCAAAUAUUAUAAACGCACCACAUGUUAACAACUAUUAUUUUUUUUUUGUUAGUUUUGGUUAUCAUAGAUUAUUUUGAUCAAAAACUUCCUCUGCCUCUGAGACAUCCAGAGCUGACCCGUUCCUGGCUAGCCGCCUGCCUUCAAUUCUUCUGUGCCGGAGCAUCCAGAUCACUGCAAGAACAUACCUAUCAGCUAAAGCCAUAAAAUUCUCACUCCAUUCUUUUAAAUAUUCCCUGUAAUCAAAUGAACUAGUUUUUUUUUUUUUGGUCCCUGUUCUCAAUACAUUAUCUUAAAGGAGAAUAUUUUCAUAUAAUUUGUUGUUAUAUUAUUGCUUUUAUAAUUAUUGCUUGAAAAGUUGUACCCGUUAGUACCCGAGAAAAACUUGCCACCACUUAGUUAUUUGAAAUUAUAUUUUUUUUAAUCUGUUACGACGGCUGAGUGGAAGAUCGACCCAUCUCGGCAGACAGUUCGAAAACACCCUAUUUCGGAAAAUUUUUCAAGAACGCCCUACUACAGAAUUUGUCCUACCCCAGAAUUCGACUGAACAACUCCCUAUUUCAACCAAAUUAGCGUUAUUCAACCGAAUUCUGAAGUAGGGCGUUCUUAAGCCAUUUUCUGAGAUAGUUCACUUUUGAACCAGCCGUCAAUUUAGAGCAGAGGAGGGCAACCUCGGCAGAGCAUUUUUGUAGUGUUCGUGCAAUUGAUGUCACUGUGCGCAUGCGAACAAGUCCCUGCAGGAAA